UCGUCGCGUUAUCUCGUCUUAGAGGAUUACCAACCUGAGCCACGGCAAUUGGAAGCCAAACUCGACGCUCAUGUGAGAGUGAUAACACUGGGACUGGGAUCGGAUCCCCACGUUGUGUUGAACGCACUUUUAAAUAAUCAGAAAGUUGGACCGUUUCAUCCCGCAAUGGCCAAUCACCGACCCGGUGAUCCAAUGGAACUUGAUCGAUCCUCCUCCAUGCGAUCUCCUGAUGGUCCUCUAGACCUCAUUCCCCAAGACCGGAUCACCGUAUUGCGGGGUCACAAGUCCGAGGUUUUUAUCUGUGCCUGGAAUCCUCGCUGCGAUAUGCUGGCUUCUGGGUGA